CUUCCAUUCCAUUAACAAAAAAAAAAAAACGCCUCCCCUCCUUCCUUCACCACUCCUCCAACCCCACUCCCUUUCCGAUUCCCCCACCCGCCGCCGCUCGCCGGUAAAGUCCCCCACCGCCGCCGCCUUCUUGAUUUCCCGUUCUCCAAUUUUCAGCAUCUUCUUCAUCUUGUUCGCCAGCCAUGUUCAAUUUCGGAGACGAGUUGACGCUCCAGAGCUCCAGGAUUCCAUGGCUAAUCUGGAUUCAGAUUCUGGUCCUUGCCCUCAUCAUCUUCCUAUUCUACUGCUUCAGCUUCUCCACCGACGAUGCCUCCCUAUCAUCCUCCUCCUCCGCCGGGCCCGCCUCCGCCGAUUCCCCUUCCUCCAGCUACCGCCGAGAUCCCGACGUUAUGAAAAAGAUCGCGAAGCACGGCGGCGAUGUUCCGACGACAGUCGCCGAUUACGUCCGUCAAUGUCAGGUGACUAGGAGCCAGAGCAUAAAAGGAGAGGUAGCAAUGCCGGCGACCACAGGGAGAAGAAUAGUGAGGGAAGAAGCCACAGAGGGGGAUGCGGUUACUAACUACCAUCCCUGCAACUACAUCAGGCUCGCUAAGCUGGUAUUCCUCAAAUGCUUUGGCCUCGACUGCGAACUCGAGCGAUCUUCGAGCUCCGAGAAGAAGAAGCGGAGAUGACAGUUUUAGUUAGGCACUGAAACUGCGGUUUUUCUCCAAUUUCGUCUGUCUAGAUUCAGUCCUGUAUGUAUGUAUGUUUUGAGGUUAAGCUCGGAGGGCUUGCGGAAGCACAGGAAGGUCUCUACUCUCUACUGGAAGUCUGUAGAUGAAGCAAAUAUGAGGUUGAUGGACAUGGAUGAAGAAGGGCCAUUACAAUACAUGGGGAAGGAUUCAAGCAAAGGUGGACUGACUUGACUUCAAAGGCCUCUCUUUGACUGUUGUGAAAACGCUUGAGAUGUUAGGUCUUUGUGAAGGAAGGAUGCCCUGAUUUAUGUGCAAAGUCCAAAUUUGUAAAUAUUUUGAUCAAUUUAAUUCUAUGGCCAACACGAGAUGUAAAUCCUAGCAUUUACAAGUAUACAUCAUUGGUUAGUGAAUAUUGCAACAACAAAAGAAUGGAUGAAGCUUAGCAGUUAUUUGAUGAUAUGUUUGAGAAGGUUUUGACUCCUUUUACGGUUCGACAAAGUUUAGAGGCUAUUCAAUUCUACGUUCAGUAAUGGAUGCAAGGCUAGUGUUUCCAGUCAUAACUAGGGGAUGGCAAUGGGUUGGGUUGGGGCGGGUUUUGUCAAACCCAAACUCAUGGGUUUAUCCGCCAAAAAAACCCGAGGUAAAACCCGUUGGGUUUGAAAAACUCAAACCCAACCCGCUGGGUAUCCGCGGGUUCAUGAGUACCCGUGGGUUUUUGUGGUAAAAAUUUACAAUAACAAGUUUCUUUCAAAAUAAAAGUUUAACAUCAAU